AUGGCAACCUCCAGUGAGCUCAGUCGGAUCCUGAACAACGUGAACGGCGCGGUGUACCCCAGCGAGCUGCUGCCCCAGCAGCCCAUGCUGCACACCGUCACCUUCCCCACCUCUGGCAUCAACAAGACGGCCCAGCUCACCGACCUGUCAAGCGGACACAUGCUGGGUUCUUGGCAGCAGGUACACCCCAUGUUCUGGACCAAGAAGAACGUCAUGGACUGGAUCGAGUACCACGUGGAAGACAGCAAGUACGACGCCAGCCUGCUCAACAUGGACUACUGCUUCAUAGACGGUGCCAGUCUUUGUCAGCAGACCCAUGAGGCCUUCCUCUCCAUGUAUGGCGACCUGGGAGAGAGGCUGUACCAGAAUCUGGACCGUCUCAGGCUGAAACAUGAGAUGCCCUGUGACCUGUCCGAUCCAUUGAACGAAACAUACACCCUUCUGACAGACUUCCUUGGCAACCUACCUCAGAUCCCACCCUUCCUGAACGAGGAUGGCUUUGGACUCCUGGACACUGUAGUCGUUGGUAGUGCAGACAUCAAGAAAGAGAGGGAUUCCUAUGAUUCCUGCAGCUACUUCCCUGGAUUCAGUAGUGAUAUGACUCCACUGAGCGACGGUUAUGAGUCAGGCUCUUCCCUGUCUGACAGCCAUCACAGUUCCACCAUGGGGAGCUUCAUGAACCCCAGCUCUCCAGAAUCCACUGGAAGUGAAUCAGAUCCAGAGUACAUGGAGAAGAAAUUCAACAUUAACAAGAGCUUUGUGAAACAGGAACGUGGUGUGCAGAAGAGAGGAAGGGGACGACCCCCAAAGACCAACAGAGGCAGUGACCACUACCUGGAGACCAAGAAGAGCAAACAUGCACCGAGAGGCACGCAUUUGUGGGAGUUCAUCCGUGACAUUCUCAUCCACCCGGAGAAGAACCAGGGCCUGAUGAAGUGGGAGGACCGGCGCGACGGCGUCUUCAAGUUCCUCAAGUCCGAGGCCGUGGCCCAGCUCUGGGGCCAGAAGAAGAAGAACAGCAGCAUGACCUACGAGAAGCUCAGCCGUGCCAUGAGGUACUACUACAAGAGAGAGAUCCUGGAGCGCGUGGAUGGGCGCCGACUCGUCUACAAGUUUGGGAAGAACGCCAGCGGCUGGAAGCUGGAGGAAGUGGGCCUGGGAAUGUGAAGUGUCAACGGGCUGGGCGGAGUGGAUGAGGGGGGGUCAGGUAGCAAGGGGGGGAUGAUGACUGUCUGACACUUUUGGGAAAAGAGGUGUCCUCUGACAGCCUCUCUGCAAGGGGACAAAAGACUGAAACUCUCCAAAAAAGUCCACCCAAAUCCAUCUCCUCCCGCCUCCAGGGUACAAAAGACACAAAAUUCUCACGUGCAAGAAUGUGGGAAGUGGUGUUGCAGACAAUGUAAGCCAAUGUUUUUUUGGCUCCAGUAGGUUUUAUGAACCAAUAAUGUUGUGUGAGUGAGUGUGUGUGUGUGUGUGUGUGUGUGUAAGAGUACUGUACAUAUCCUCUUUUCCCAUGUUCAUGUGUUCCCUAGGGUGGAUGAAAAGCAUGGUUGGUUGUAUGAUUAUUGGUCAGGCAUUGCUAUUGACACCUUUCAGGUCUUGCAUGUCUAGGCGCUCCUCUCGACUUUGUCACUUUGUGUUUCAUCUGAGGGAUUUAAGGGAUGGAUUUUAGUCAUCCAUCUCUAAAACAUCAGUGUGAACUAGAGAGGCAGUUGGACUAUAUUUGACUUUAAUCUCCUGUAGGAAGUCUUGGUUUGAAAUACUUUGAAAACCUUUUUUGAAGUCCUGUUUGAAGCACUACCUGUAUAUAUUUACCUUUAGGACUUUAUGGUGAUGGUUUUUGAACAGUUUCAUGCACUAUAGUUAAAAUGUGGGGAGAGUCCAGGGUUGCCAUCUUUCAUGCCUAAUCUGGAGUCAGAGGCAGAGGACCAAAGCCGUAACAUGACAUUGCUGUCGACUGACUUUAGAAUUCAUAUAAAUGAUUAGGUCUAUAGGCAAGAGAGUUGGCAACUCAGAGAGCCUGGUUUGGGACAGACGGCAGGAUAAACAAAUAGCGGAGAUGAAAGUACUGAGACAAGCAAGAGAGAAAUGAAGAGAUGAAACACUCAGGGUGAGAGAAUAACUGUGAAUAGUCAUAUGAUGUAUGACAUCUCUGUUUUACCUUUGUAUGUAUGAACACAUAUUUAAAUAUACAUAUUUGUAAGCACACCUAUAUCAAUCAACAACAAAUUAGAACCUGGCUAUAAAUGAUUACUGUUAUAUGUCAAAAUCAUUCAAUAGCUUGUCUUGUAUGAGAGUUGAAUCUCAAAUGGUUAUCACUUACAGUUACUGUAUGAUGUACUUACUUUAAAGUAUGGCAUAUUGUUUUUUGUACAUGUCUUUGUUAAAUAAAGUGAAUGACAACAAGA